CUUAAACAGUUAGGUAUACAUCCUGACUGGCAAUUUGUAGAUGUUUAUGGUAUGGAACCAGAACUGCUUAGCAUGGUGCCAAGACCUGUCUGUGCAGUGCUACUUCUCUUUCCAAUAACCGAAAAGUAUGAAACCUUCAGAACAGAAGAAGAAGAGAGAAUAAAAGCUAAGGGACAAGAUGUCAAAUCAUCAGUCUAUUUCAUGAAGCAGACCAUUAACAAUGCUUGUGGAACAAUCGGGCUAAUUCAUGCUAUUGCAAACAACAGAGAUAAAAUGAACUUUGGUAAUUUAUCUUCACUGAAGAAGUUCCUAGAAGAUUCGUUAUCUAUGACUCCUGAAGAGAGGGCCAAAUAUCUAGAAACUUACGAAGCUAUUCGUGUCACUCAUGAAUCCAGUGCGCAUGAAGGUCAGACUGAGGCACCAAGUAUAGAUGAAAAAGUAGAUCUUCACUUUAUUGCAUUAGUUAAUGUAGGUGGUCACCUCUAUGAAUUGGAUGGGCGCAAGCCAUUUCCAAUAAACCAUGGGGAAACUAGUGACGAUUCUUUUUUAGAGGAUGCAAUAGAAGUUUGCAAGAAAUUCAUGGAACGUGACCCAGAAGAAUUAAGAUUUAAUGCAAUUGCACUGUCUGCAGCUUAAAAGCCUUUUCCAGUGGGGUUAAUCUAUUGCAAUGUAUUGUAACAAUAAAACUGUUGCCAUAUGUUAAUAAUACAAAUUUUGAUACUUCCCUAACAUGUUGAUUAAUUGUAGCAUACAUGGAAUAAACUUUGCAUUUGUCCUUGCGAUAUCUUCCUGCUUGUUCCUAAAGCAACUUUGGGUAUUAUAUACACGCAUGCAUUUUGUGCAAGACUUACUACGUGGUGGGUUUUUUCCUUUCCACCCCUUUAAAAGUUUUGGAAAUUACUGUCUGUGAUAUUUCAUCAUAAUAAUGGUGAGUUAGUUCAGAGCAGGAUUAACAUUUGUAUCAUUCACAGAUAAUGUUUUGAGUGAUGUGGUAUGUUAGUGGAUAAAAAUUUUGAAAUAUGAGGCUAUCUCCAUCUUUUAAUUAUAGUGAUACAAGAAUAUUAUAAGAACUUUUGCAGGUGACUCGAAAGACAAAGUGCAUUAUUUAUAAAUAAAUAUAUGGGGAAAAAAAGACAGAAAAAGGACUGUUUCUUCUUACUUGGUGAGCACUAACAUUUUAAAAUUAUGUUAAUCUUUACCUUUUGCAUAAAACUUACUUUUGUUUCGCAAG